GCCUGGCAGACACUAAUGAGAGCUGCACCUUUAAAAAGAGCCUUGGACGCUCCCUCGCUCUGCGCAUGCGCACUCAAACAACUCAUCAUGUCAAACCUCAGAAAUGAAACUAACAGCUACCUGAUGAAGUGCUGAUGAUCGAGCAGUUUGGGAUCGCUUGGGGGCUUGUUAAAGAACAAGCCACAACAACAAUAACAACAACAACAACAACAACAGCAUCAUGUUUGGUAAGAAGAAGAGAGCCCCGCAGCCCAGAGGCCAGGGCGCUGCUGCAGCCAAGCAGAUGGGUCUGUUUGUAGACCUGGACUCUGAGGAGAUGAUGAUGGGCAUGGAGGGCAAUCUGGACGACCCUGACUUGGAGGCUGAGCUUGCUGCUAUCACUGGAAAUAAAGCUGCUGCUGGAGGAAGAGCCAAGCAGAAGGGGAAAAGCCCGCUGCCCAUGGACGACAUCGCAAGAAUGGCUGACGAGUGUAUGAGAGAUAUGGAUGACGAUGAAGAUGACGGUAACCUGGAGGACGACGAAGAUCUAUUGGCAGAGCUACAGGAAGUGGUGGGUGAGGAGGAAACUGAAGAGCCUGUUAUCAUAUCCUCCGCAUCCUCUGCUACUGCUGCAUCUCCUCAAGCUGAAACACCAGAGUCGCCACUGACGCAGCAGCAGGAAGUAAAGGUGUCCUCUGCAGCUCCCGGCAGCCUCCAACACACCCUGGAGGAGAGAGUUGUCAUGUACAAGACGGCUUUACAAAACGCCAAGACCGCAGGGGAGACCUCCAAAGCCAGGAGAUACGAUCGCGGCCUGAAGACUCUGGGGUCGAUGUUAGCUGCUGUUAAAAAAGGAAGACCUGUGAACGAGGCAGAGAUCCCUCCUCCUGUUGCCACUGGAGCCCCGAGGGCCGCCUCUGAUCCUGCUGUCCCCCAUCGACCUGCUCCCCCCAUACCCUCGCCUCCUGAAGAAUCCACUCCUUCAGAUCAGCAGGGGAAGUCGGAGGCCACGUCGCCCGCUGUACCGGAGAUCGUCACCCCCAGCAGUGAAGAGGAGCAGUCGUCCUCCUCCGCCACCCUGCUGGCUCUGAGCACCGUCCCGUCUCCAGAGGAGCAGACAGAGGAGCAGACAGAGGAGCAGACAGAGGAACCUGCAGACCAGCCACAUCAGACAGAUGCGAACGAGGCAACCAAGGCGUUGCUUUUGGAGCGGCAGAAAGAGUACAAGAUGGCAGCUCUGAGAGCCAAGAAGCAGGGAGAUGUGGAGCAAGCUAGGGAUUACUUCAAGACCAGCAAGAGGUUCGAUGUGGUGAUUGAGGCGCUGGAGAAAGGACAAGCGGUCGACCUGAGCGGCAUUCCUCCGUCUCCAGGACAGGCUGCAGAAGGAGGAGGCUCUGCUCCAGUGAAGGAACCAUCCUCUGGGCAAAACAUAGAAGUCACCCAACCGGUUGCAGCAGCUCCAGCCGCUGCCCACCCAUCAGCCCCUGCAGUUCCCAAAACCGCGCUGGAGGCUCUCGAGCAGAGACGAGCCAAGUAUGUGGAGGCGUCCAAUCAGGCCAAAGCCAGCGGAGACGACCGCAAGGCCCGAAUGCACGACCGUAUCGCUAAGCAAUACCAGAGUGCCAUCCGAACUCACAAAGCAGGAAAAGCGGUCAACUUUGACGAGCUGCCGGUUCCCCCUGGUUUUCCUCCAAUCCCGGGCCAGAAGACGACAGGAGCAGAGCAGGGAUUCAUUGCUGCUCUGGAGGCAGCCGAUAAGCUCGCCUCCACUGAUGCUACAGAAAUAGCAGAUGAAGAUGAGGAGAAGGAGGAGGAGGAGGAGUCUAAGCCUGCUGUUCCAGAGGAGCCAAAGAAGCCCACGUUAGAUGUCCCCACUGCAGGGCAAAGACGGAAAAGGACUCCGUCAGCUUCACCUGACAGGACAUCCACCAGGGGAGGAAUCUCACCAACAGCGGCUCAGCAGCUGGAGUUCCUGGAGGGCAGGAAGAAGCAGUACAUGAAGGCGGCUCUGCAGGCGAAGCAGAAGAACGACAUGGAGCAGGCAAAGAUCUUCCUCCGCACCGCCAAGAGCUUCGACCCCUUGAUCGAGGCUGCCCGCAGCGGCAAGACUGUGGACAUCAGCACGGUGCCGUCGCCCCCUGGUGACGAAGACGAGGACUUCAUCCUGGUUCAUCACAGCGACGUGCAGAUCUCCGAGAAGGCAGAGCAGCUUUACACACAACUGGCCAAGAUCCUCAAAGAGCAGUACGAGAAAUGUAUGACUCACUCCAAGCAGUUCACACACCUGGGGAACGUCACCGAAACAACAAAGUUUGAGAAGAUGGCGGAGAGUUGUAAGAAGAGUCUGGAGGUCCUGAAGCUGGCUCAGUCCAAAAGUCUGCCUCCUCCUAAACACCACUUUGAGGAGAGAUCCUUUCACACCGUCAGGAUAUUUCCAGACCUGAGCAGCACUGACAUGGUUGUUGUCAUCGUCAAAGGGAUGAAUCUUCCUGCUCCUACUGGAAUCCAAACAAACGAUCUGGAUGCAUACGUCAAGUUCGACUUCCCGUACCCCAGCACGGAGCAGCCGCAGAAACACAAAACAGCUGUCAUCAAGAACACUAACUCCCCAGAAUACAACCAGAGCUUCAAUCUGUCAAUCAACCGUAACCACCGCGGCUUCAGGAGGGUGGUGACGUCUAAAGGCCUCAAACUGGAGCUGCUGCACAAAGGCGGUUUCUUGCGGAGCUGCAAGCCGAUCGGGACGGCCCUCGUAAAGCUGGAAAAACUGGAGACGCAGAGUGAAAUCAGGGAGAUUGUAGAGGUGAUGGACGGUCGUAAACCCACAGGCGGUCGCGUUGAAGUGAAGGUCCGACUGCGAGAGCCUCUGAGUGGACAGGACAUGCAGACGAGCACCGAGCGCUGGCUGGUGAUCGACAGGUCACAGGUUCUCGUUUAGAUGCUGCUGCUGCAAGAUGAAAGAAGAUUCACAAGAUAAAGAUUAAAGGCACUCAAUCAGAAACACUUGGAGGAAGAGGAGGAGUAGUAGGGGGAGGAGGAGGGAGUUUGGUAUGUGAUGAGGACGGUCUGUUGUUCGGAGUCGACUCAGACCUACACGGGUUUUUGACUUGUUAAACUUUUGCACAUUUUGCAAGACACAAGAGCUCCCUUUCAUACUGCAGUCCACCAGGAGACAUGGAGCUGGUUUACAGUAGUGUCUGUCUUCAGUCUGACACCAGCUGAGGGACAAAUACUUGUUGUCUAAAUCGAGGGAUGAAUUGCUCUCUGGUUUGUACGAUCGCUGGUGAUUCACACAGAUUGAAUGCAGAUAUAAGCUUGUGAUGCAUCAGGGCAGACUAGCGGCACAACGUUUCCCCAAAAAGGUCUCCUCGUGCAUCACUCCAUCUCCUGGAGGACGGCAGGCAGCGUGUCCUCUGCUGAGGGGCUCGGCGUCGAGCUAACCUGAUCCUGCUGCCCGACAUGACUUUAGUUAAUAUAAUAUAUCAGAGAAUGUGUACAUAUUCCUCAUAUUAUUACAGCUCUGGUAUCUAGAACUGCACCUAUGCACUAAUACCAAAGUAAUCACUGUUGCUGUAAAAUCCUGCAUAUUUGAAAACCACCCUUUAGCUGCCAAAACCUGUUACGAUGACGCGAGAGUUUAAUGUGCGACGGGACUGUUUUUAUUAUUUUUUUCCCACACAAUUCAUGUGGUUUUCAGUGUGAGAACGCAGGCGGACGCAGCAGCUCUCAGAUGUUUUAAAAGGAGUAAGCCAAGAAAAUUAUGGUACGAUUUAAAGACAGGAACAAUUUAUAGAAUUAUUUUAAAGACCACUCCCUUUUUUUGGCACCUUUCACUUUCAUUAGUAAGUCCUUUAACUGUGGUCACUAAACUGCACUCACACUUAUCCGUGGCUUUAGGUGUGUUAGAUUUGUAUUUGUCUUGUUUACACUCACUGGCACAACGUUGUGCAGAUUAGAAUCACAGAGGAGCGAAGUUGGGCUGAUCUUUAAUUGUGAAUGUCUAAAAUGCUAAAUGUUCAUUUUUAUCUUGAGGCAGACAUCCAUUCAGUCAUUUUAAGUAAACACGAUUGGGUGACUAAACUUUCAUAUUAUAUCCUGUACAUAUUUUAGGAAUAGUUUGACCUUUUGGGAAAUAUGCUUAUUCUUCUUGCAGAGCGUCCGAUGGGAUGUAUUUCGAUGUAUUUCCCAAGAUGUUGAACUACUCCUUCAAAUGUGUGGAACUACUUUUUACAACUAUGCAUCAGAGUCCUUCGUUUUUUUUUUUUAAAGGAGCAGUUCACCCAAAUUCCAGGAAGGAUUUCUAUUUUCUUUCUUACCCGUUGCGAUAUCAACCUAUGCAGAUUAAAUUUGUUUUAUGCUGCUCAGAGCUUUAAAAUAACAUUUGAAAUACUUAACAAUGUUGAGAUUGAAAGUUGAUUCUUGACCUUGGAAUUUACAACUGGGAAAAUAAUGAACUUCCAAACUCAACUUUUAAGCUAACAUGGACAAGAAAAAAAAUAAAAUCUGAACAUCAACCAUAUCUUCUGAUCAAAAGCUCCAGAACAGCUACUAAAUGGACCUUUAUGGUGAGAUUGUUUUGUCAGUUAACGUGUCAUUUAAUAAACAAAGUCCCAUGUAAGUAGUUUUAUUGGAGCAACUUUCGACUGAAGAUUUAGUCCCAAAUGAACACUGUUACUUUGAAUUAUAAAGAAUAACCAGGGUUUUUUUUGGGGUAGUAAUUUUAGUGAACUGACCCUUUAAAGUUUCAACCGCAGCAUUGUAAUAAAUGCUACACAAGAAGCCAUAACAAACACACUGAGCCAAAUACAUAAAUACCAUCUUCCAACAGGUUUACCUCAAAACUGUGCUACAUUAUUUAGUUGCGAAACGUUACUGUGGUCACAACAUUUCUCCUUUUUAGGAAAACAUCAUGAAUCAAAUUUAAGUUUUCUAUAAACACUUUGGCCUAAAUAUUUAAAACAUACUGUUACCCAUCAUUUUAUUUUCUGUUAAAACAUACUUGUUUGCGAAGAUCGAUGAUGUCACGUUGUUUAUAUUUGCAAAAUGAUAAGCUCUGUAAUAAUAAUAAUCUCUAAAACAGAAUCAAGGCUAUAUUUUGUUUUUAAUUGUGGAUUGAAUUUGCCUAUCCUGCUUAAAAAUAUACCAAUUAAAAUAUCUUGUUUAAUUUUGCACUGUCAAUUAUUUAACAUCUGUUGUUUUCUUUUAGUAAUAAUCAGAUUUAGGAAUGAAACUUUUUGAAGAACCUGAACAGAAGUCAAAAACUAAACACUCAUUUAAAUUUUCUAUAAGUUUUUAUUUUACAUAUACUACAGUUUUUUUUGAUAAAGACCACUUUUCUUGACAUUUGUAGUGUAAAGGGGGGGAAAAAAAGAUGUACAGGGUUUUUGGCUUUUCAAACAUUUUUGACUGAUGUUUAUUUAAAAAAAGGAAAAAAAGAAUUGUUUUAACAAAAACCCAGUUUUUUAAAGUUUCAUCCACAAACUAGAAGAUAUAACUGUUAAAAUGCAAAGUUGAUUUGCUCUCGUCACCGUUUUCAAGCUUGUUUGCAUGCAGUGUUAUAAGUUUGGAUAGUAACAUCUUACAACUGAAUACAAAACAAAAAAAUGCUACUUUUUCAGUCAAACAAAUUGCACCUUUUUUUUCUUUUGGAUUUAGGACAUAUUGCACACGUCAGAUAAUGCCAAAAAAUAAAAACGUAACAGAAAACAGGAAGUCAGAAAAAUAAAUCCUCACGUCUCCUCUUCAUUAAUGCUAAUUUAUAAAAACAGAACUGCCGGCGGCGGCUGAUGAACGUCACACAGUGAAGACACAGUGAUUGAGAUACACCACCUCUGGUAUGAUCACAGUAAUAAACCCAGAACUGGUGACCUUUUGACCUCUCAUUCAGUCUUUACUGAACAUUUCUAAUCGGCUUCACUAACAUUACUUUGCUACAGUAGCUCCUAAAAUACUUCAGUACUAAACGAAUACAGAACAGCUACGGGUCUAAUUUAGAAGCGUCGGCUCGUCUGCAGAUUUUCGUGUGAUUGUCUGAUUCUCACUUGUGAUGACGAGAUUGUUUUUCUCCGAUGAAAUGCUUCAACAAAACCUCUCGUACUGUAUUGACAGUAGUGUUUUUGUGUAGCCCCUUCUGGUUUUAUAUUAGCAUGAUUAAAGAUGGAGGAAUUGCCAUAAUGCAGAAUGAUUACUGUACAGAGCAUUUUGACAUGACAGGGUGGUUUUUGGUGAUUAGUCUAGCCAGAAACAAAACACACACAUUUUGCAGAUUUGAACAGAAACAGGAGGAAUACAUUCUUAUAUUUUUUUCCAGGUCCAUGUUGCUGAAGGAGAGCACAGUCCAGAGCAGAAAGAGACGGGCUGCAGCGAUCCGUUUAGAGUUGAGGCCUUUUCAAAUCGACAGGGUUCCUACGCAGGUCUGAAAAGUUUUGAAAAAGUCUGGAGCGGGAUGUUCAUGAUUUCAGGGCUUUGGAAGGACGAUCAAUUUGCAGGAAAUGUGAGAUGAAAUACAUUCAGCUUCAGGUCAAUCAAACUCUUGUUUCUGCAGGAACCCCGGAUCUUUACAAACAACUUUUCUUUUCUGCCAUUGAAGGAAAAAAAACGUGUCUUCCAGGACACAGCGGCAACCCCGACGCUCGCUUUCACUCUCCUGUUAAU